AUGAGCGACACGUCGCAUGCGUCACAAAUCCUCUCAGGCGACCUACCAUCGCACUCCAAGUCUUCACCAGCCGUGAAUAGCUCGAGACCUUCCUUGAAGAAACGAUUCACCAGUUCAUGGGUGAAAAGACGGUCCGAUAAAGAUGACGAAGAUGGUAUCAGGGGCCCUCUCGGGCUCAGGAUCCUACAUUCCUCUCCUGAGCCGCUAGUUGAUCUGAUAUUUGUGCAUGGCUUACGAGGAGGCUCGAUAAAGACUUGGCGGAAGGACAAUGACCCCCUUUUGGAUGACUCCGAUUGGGCCAGCACGAAACCAAGCAUCCUCAAUGUUCACGACUUCGGACAGACGCUGCUGGAAGAAAUGAGAAAUUCGCCACAUCUAAGAAAGAAUCCAGGUGCCUUUAUCCUCGCGAGGGAUGUAUCGGAUUUCAGAGGCCGUAUCAAGUGCAUCUUCUUUCUUGCAACGCCACAUAGAGGAUCUGACUAG